AAUGAGACCAGGGGGCGGAGAGAUCACCCUCUUGUCCCUAAGGUUGGUAUAUACCAGAGGAUCCAAUCCGGUUUAAGCUGGUUUCUUGUGCCGAAGGAACAUUUCUGUUCGGAAGUUACAGCGUGUUCUCACGAAACAUAUGCAGUGAAGGAAAUUGUGCACACUCAGUAGGAUAGCUCACGGUUACUGAAUUUAUAGUUACUUAAGGCUACAUUGUUCUUGAUCUGUAGACUUUACGCGCAAAGCCAUCAUGGGAAAAAGGAGCAAACAAGCUGUUAGCGAUGCUGAAAACGAGCCAAGGAGACGAUCUGCAAGAUUGACUAAGCCAGAGCCAGAGCCUAAAGAAAAGCCACAGAAGGCAUCUGCCAAGAAGGCAAAAGCAGUAACUAAGGCCAAGCCAGAGGUGGCGAAGGAGAAGGAGGAGAAGAAGAAGAAGAAGGAGGUUGAGGCGGAGGAGGAUGUAGCUGAAGCAGAAGAGGCUUCGCCCGAGAAUGGGGAGGACAAAGCGGACGCAGAGGAGGCUCCAGCAGAGGAAACGGAAGAAGCAGCAGAAGAUGCAGAGGCUGAGGAUAAAGAAGAAGAAGAAGCAGAAUAACGCUAAACUCAUUCAUAAGCUCUCCUGAAGCUCCUGAACCUCCUUUCUUAAAUAACACAGAGAAUUUUAUAUCAACUAUUUUUUUAUGAAAUGGCAGUAAGGGUUUUAGUGGUAACAUUGUAGAUUUUCUUUUCAAUGUUAAAAUGUGUACCUUCAAUUUUUACCUCUGUGGUUUUGGGAAAGGAUAAUAUUGUGUUCAUUGAGGAGUGUGUUUUUGUUUUGUUUUUUUUGAACAUGUAUGUUCUUUUGUAUCUUCUGUUGGGGGAAAAAUAAACCAGUUAUAUUAAUCUGCAUGAAAUGCAUUCUUUUAGCAAUACAUAUUUUGAUGUCAGGAGAGUUUGGCUAAAACAUUCCAAAGGCUACAUGAGGGACCCGUUUGUAACUUGGAUAUUUUGGGGGAUUUAUAAAAAAAAAGAAAAAGGUUUGUCUUGACUGGGGAAAGUGGAGGUUGUAACUUCAAACUGUUUAUCCAUUAAUCUUCCAUACAUUGGUUAGAUUAACUGUUCAUUCUUCCUUUUAAUAACUUGUUACUGGAAAUAUUCAGGCAAUGGUUCUGUGAAAUUACAUUUUCUGUUUUGCAAUGACCGGUUAUAUCAUUUGUAUAGCUAUUGUAAAAGUGUUAUUUUGAAUUACAAUUUAAUUAUUUUUCAAUUGCAGUAUAAUGGUACACGAAUGAGUGUUUCAAUGAAUGUCAUAUGCCAUGGUGAAACCAACAUAAAAUCCAGUAUUACUCAUGCUUGAGUAAACGUAUACUUUUUAAACUAUUGAAUAACAAAUUUCACUUCAUUGCGCAAUUAUAUAUCCCAUGAGAAGUUGCACCUUGGUUUUGGUUUAAGAAUUAGUUUUGUACCUUCUGUUUUUUGUAGCUAUGUCUGUUUUGAUUGGAAUGAAGACAAUAAAAAAAAAAGUGUCAAUA